AUGACAGACAAAACAUCAAAUUUUGACUUGGAUUCGAAUAACACUGGUAAUAAUCUUACUUUUAUGGAUGUAAUUGAUAUUUCCAUUUCAGAAUACUUCCAAAAUACCACACCUGCAAAAUGGUCAUUUGAUGAUUUUUCAAGGACAAUGAGGCUAUUCAUCAUGAAAGAAAAUAAAAGUACAGAUGAACUAUCCUCAAUAUGGCGUAAAAGAUUUAUAAAUGCACUUAAAUUCAUAAUUAAUAAUGCAGAAACAGACAAGACAGUUCGGCAGAUUGCAACAUUACUUGUAAAUCAAGUAUAG